UAUGGUAAAUGGGUCGGACGGAUAUAAAGACGGGUGAGUAUCCAUCGGGUCAAAGCGCCAAUCUUCUGCUUCCUCGCAGGCCCAGAGAUCUCUACUGAUUUGCAUGCAGAGUGUCACCGGUGAAAAACAGAAAACUGAAAAUGCCGUCAACUCCCAACGGAUCAGUCCAUAAAUUUCAAGAAGAAGACGAAUCCACAGUAUCUUCACCCACUCUUUCCUCUUCUAUGACGUUUGGCACGCCGAAGGCUCUGGAUCACUUGCGCAAACUAACCGACGUCGGAGCCAUGACGCGCCUUCUCCAUGAGUGCAUCGCUUACCAACGGGCUCUCGAUCUCGACCUUGACAACCUCCUCGCCCAACGCUCGGAUCUCGACAAGCACCUCCUCCACCUUCAGAAAUCCGCGGAGGUGCUCGACAUCGUCAAGGCGGAUUCCGACCACAUGCUUUCCAACGUCCGCUCUACAUGUGACCUCGCCGACCAUGUCAGCGCCAAGGUUCGGGAGCUUGACGUUGCCCAAUCGCGGGUUAACACCACGCUUCUACGCAUUGAUGCGAUUGUGGAAAGAGGGAAUUGUAUCGAGGAAGUGAAAAAUGCUCUAGAAGCUGAGGAUUACGAGGCGGCCGCGAAGUAUGUGCAGACAUUUCUGCAGAUUGAUGCCAAAUAUAAGGAUUCCGGAUCGGACCAUAGAGAUCAGUUGCUAGCAUCGAAGAAACAGCUCGAAGGAAUAGUGAGGAAGCGGCUUUCAGCUGCAGUGGAUCAGCGGGAUCAUCCAACGAUCUUACGGUUUAUUAGGUUGUAUUCGCCUUUAGGACUGGAGGAGGAAGGGUUGCAGUUGUAUGUGGGGUACUUGAAAAAAGUUAUCUCCAUGAGAUCCAGGCUUGAAUUUGAGCAUUUGGUGGAGUUGAUGGAGCAGAGUCAUAAUCAGAAUCAGGUUAAUUUUGUUGGGUGCUUAACAAAUUUUUUUAAAGACAUUGUGCUGGCUAUAGAGGAAAACGAUGAAAUCUUGAGGAGUCUUUGUGGGGAGGAUGCAAUUGUUUAUGCCAUUUGUGAAUUGCAAGAGGAGUGUGAUUCGAGGGGUUCUUUGAUUUUGAAGAAAUAUAUGGAGUUUAGGAAAUUGGCUAAAUUAUCUUCUGAGAUUAAUGUCCAAAACAAGAAUUUGCUUGCCGUUGGAGCGCCAGAAGGGCCUGACCCGAGAGAGGUUGAGUUGUAUUUAGAAGAGAUACUGUCACUGAUGCAAUUAGGUGAGGAUUACACUGAAUUUAUGGUUUCGAAGAUCAAAGGGUUGAGUUCUGUGGAUCCAGAGCUAGUGCCACGAGCCACCAAGUCGUUUAGGAGUGGGAGUUUUAGCAAAGUAGUUCAAGAUAUUACCGGGUUUUAUGUGAUUUUGGAGGGAUUCUUUAUGGUUGAAAAUGUGAGGAAAGCUAUUAUGAUAGAUGAGCAUGUACCUGAUAGCCUUACCACUUCUAUGGUAGACGAUGUGUUUUAUGUUUUGCAGAGUUGCUUCAGAAGGGCAAUAUCCACAUCAAAAAUUAGCUCUGUAAUUGCAGUCUUGAGUGGUGCUAGUAGUUUGUUGAGUAAUGAAUACAAUGAAGCUUUGCAACAGAAAAUGAGAGAACCAAACCUUGGUGCAAAGCUGUUUUUGGGUGGUGUUGGUGUUCACAAGACUGGGACAGAGAUUGCAACUGCAUUGAAUAACAUGGAUGUGAGCAGUGAGUAUGUAGUGAAGCUAAAACAUGAGAUUGAAGAGCAGUGCGCAGAGGUGUUUCCUGCACCAGCAGAUAGAGAAAAGGCAAAAUCUUGCUUGUCAGAGUUGGGUGAUAUGAGCAAUACCUUCAAGCAAGCCCUGAAUGCCGGCAUGGAACAACUUGUGGUAAAUGUAACACCUCGAAUCCGUCCGGUGUUAGAUAGUGUAGCAACCAUUAGCUAUGAGUUAUCUGAGGCAGAAUAUGCAGAUAAUGAGGUGAAUGACCCAUGGGUCCAGAGGCUUCUACAUUCUGUUGAGACAAAUGUGUCGUGGCUUCAACCACUAAUGACCACAAACAACUAUGAUUCAUUUGUACAUUUGGUCAUUGACUUCAUUGUGAAGAGGCUUGAAGUGAUAAUGAUGCAGAAAAGGUUUAGUCAGCUUGGAGGCCUUCAGCUUGACAGAGAUAUAAGGGCUUUGGUAAGCCAUUUCUCGAGCAUGACUCAGAGGACUGUUAGAGACAAGUUUGCUCGACUCACUCAAAUGGCAACCAUCCUGAACUUAGAGAAGGUAUCUGAAAUUCUAGAUUUCUGGGGUGAAAACUCGGGACCUAUGACCUGGAGGUUAACUCCUGCUGAGGUUAGACGAGUGUUGGGUCUAAGGGUUGAUUUUAAACCUGAAGCAAUAGCUGCUCUUAAGUUGUAAUUCCAAAAUGGUCUUCAUUUUCAAAAAUCAGGCGCUGUCAUCUUCCUAUGGUUCCCUUGAGUCCUGUGCUAGCAUGCUAGGAUAUUGUUGCAUAUUCUUUUAUUUUUUGCUUUUGAUACAUAUUAUUUCCUUUACCUCAAAUUUUAAAAACUUUGGCUUGUUCUCUGCUGUUUCUUGAUUUUGUUUGAUCUUUAUACUUUUUUAACUUUCAGUGUAAAAAAAUGCUUAGAUUAUGAGGCCAAUAGGGAAUUUUGCUUGUACAAAUUUGGAAGAAUCUUGCAGUAUAAUAUUGUCCAUUACUAUC